UAAAAUCCGACAAAUUCUAAUCAAAUUAUAAUUUUUAGCAAUUUGUAAGUGUUUGUGGGAGACUAAAAUACCUUCCUUCAACUAAGAAACUAUACUUUUUCUCAAUUUACGACAAAAGUCUCAUAAACAAAGCUCGAGACUGCGAGUCAUUUUAUUUUUGGCAUUUUUGUUUAUUCAGUGGCAGAAUAACAUCCGAAAUUUCUUCAUUUAAAAUGGAGUCUCUCCAGAAUUUGUUGUACGCAGCCGUAAGCCCAGUUUUCCUUUCCCUGUGCGUAGCCGCCCUCGUAUGGAUACAUCUUCGAGACUCGAUCAACUAUUGGGCAAAGCGGGGCAUCCCUCAUAUACCCGCCCACAGGUGCCUCUUUCUACUCCUCGCCGAAAAAAUCGGUUGGAAACACGAUAUGGAAAUGUACUGCGAUAUGUACAAAGCCCUGGUAGGGCACAGCUACGGAGGUGCCUUCGAAGUCCUCAAGCCAACCAUCAUUCUUCGCGACCCAGCGAUGGUCAACGCCUGGCUCGUCAAGGGUUUCUCCAGUUUCCGCGACCACCAUUCGGGCUCAGCUCCAGACGAGGAGGGUGAGAACCUCACCGGAGAGUUAUUCGCACUCACCGGCGAUAGGUGGCGCCAGGUGCGCUCAAAACUCACACCUCUCUUCAGCCCGGCUAAGCUCAAACUAAUGUACGAGACUCUGAAAGAAUGCACCGACGAGCUGAAAGAUCACCUACGACAGACGGUGGACGAUGAGGCUGACGUCGAAAUCAAAGACGUCGUAAGUCGCCACGCGAUGGACGUCAUUGGAGCAUGCGCGCUGGGUGUCAAGUGUAACGCCGUCAAGGAUCCUGAAAACUGUGUGAUCAUGAAAGUCGCUAAUCGGGUUUUGGAUGUUGGUUGGAGGUCCUCAGUUUACUUCUUCCUGAACCUGGUUCACCCCCGGCUCCCGCAUCUUCUUGGGUUCAGUUUAAGAUCACCUGAGGUAGUGGCAUUCAUGACGUCAUUGACCAAGGAUGUGAUGAGGAUGAAGAAGGAAAGUGAACAACCCAGUCAACAUUUCCUUCGGAUGUUGAUGGACUCUUGUGAGUUGCAAGAAGAAGACAUCCAUGGUUCAAAAACGAUUUCUUUACAACAGGAACUCGGAGCAGUGCAAAAGGAAAGUUUCAAAAUCACGGAGGAUUACGUUGCUGGCGUUUUUGCAUCGUUUCUCUCAGCCGGGCUUGAGCCAAUUUCCAUCAUCGUGACUUGCUGCUUUUAUGAGCUGGCGCAUCAUCCUGAGAUCCAAUACAGAAUAUUCAAUGAAAUCCAAACGAUUAAAGAAGGAUCCGGAAGUGAUAUCACCUUUGAGGACCUCAAAAAACUUCAAUAUUUGGAGCAAGUUGUAAAGGAAACAAUGCGAAAAUAUCCAACAGCUGGAUUUAUCCACAGAGAAUGCACAGAGCCUUUCCACAUACCCGAAUCGUCGAUUGUGGUGGAGAAAGGAGUCCGACUUUUCAUCUCAACUUGUGGCCUCCAUAGAGACCAAAAAUAUUUUCCCGAGCCUGAUAAAUUCGAUCCUGAUCGAUUUUCGAAAGAAAAUAUCCACAAAAUUGUACCUGGCUCGUACCUACCGUUUGGCGAAGGACCUAGAGUAUGCGUUGGGAAGCAGUUGGCUUUGAUGAAUAUCAAACAUAUGGUGAUGAAUUUAGUUUCGGACUAUACACUCCAAACAUGUGAAAAAACUCAAAAUUGUCUCCGAACGGACCCUCAGAAGUUUUUCCUUGGCCCGAAGGGUGAGGUGUGGCUCCGGUUGAGAAAACGGAAGUAAAUUGGCGUGCAACACAAGAUCGAGUUUUAUAUCGCGGUGAGGGUCCUUAAAAGAAAAUCACAACGAGGAUCACGUCUGCAUGAGGAAUUCACAUCUUUUACUGAUCAUGAAUUAUCAAUCGCCACCUUCUGUAUUAAGAUUGUAAAAAUACACAAUAAAUUAUUGCUAACGUUUUUAAACCUAA